CAGGGAACCCGGUAAAAAUAAAUCAAUACGAUAUUAUGAUGGAAGAAUUAGGGGUGUCUGUCGUAAAUCAUUGCAAUUCGUCGACGAUCAAUUUGCCCGAUUGACUUGCUGCUGUACAUAUACGGAACAUGUCUUGACUGCCAUCCAUCACUAUGCUGCCCGAGGUGGACGGUAUUGACCAGUUGUACAGACGAUUUUUCCAGGAAGCCCAAGAAUUACCUAAGAAACAACAUGCCAAAAAAAAUUAUCAGAAAGCUCAAAAAGGGUCAAAACUGUACAAGGAUGGCGGCUGGACCAUGUAUGUAUCUGGGAAUGCUUCUUCCUUUGCAGUACUAUCAGCUGCUCGAUAUGCCGUGUUUGAUAGACAUGCUAAAAAAGCUGACGAUGCAUACUGGCACUCAUCAUCAGCUCCAAUAUGUCUCAAAGUUCUCAACCGAGUGCUACAAUCUUCCAACAAUGUUCAGGCUAAUUCAUGUCCAGAAAUUUUCAUCCCUAAGGUAGUUGGCAUUGGCUUACGUAGUGUAUUUGAAUUGAUUAAAGAGAGUAGAGUUCCUUCACCAGAAAUAUGUACUAAAGCUUUGAUGGCUUUGUUAGAUAUCAUUCAGUAUCAAUCACCUGAAGCUUUAAAAGAUGAACCAUCAGAAGUUAUUGAUCCAUUAUAUGAACUAUUAUUGGAUAUGGCAACUGGAAAUUAUGAAAAUGGGACUUAUGAUUUUAAAGCAGUUUCGUGUUCUUGUCUUAUAAGUUUAGUAAUAGUUAGAGGAGAUACUGGUAAAAUACUAAACACUUUAACAACAUUAAUCAUGUGCCCAAAUAAUGCAUCCCCUAGAAAAAUAAUUUUACCAAAAGUUUUAACUAGUCUGCAAAAAUGUGUUCGUGUUCUUACAUAUGGGGAUUAUGAAACUCCUGAUUGGAUGUCUUAUGGAGUUCCCAAAUCAUCUGAAAUUAUAACAUUAAAUUUAAAUUAUUUACAGAAUGUCAAAGGAAUGGCAUGUGAUGGAGACUAUUUGUAUACAUUUUCAGAGUAUGGGUUUCAUAAAAUUGGUACUGGUUUUGGUGGUACAGUUAGUGGACAUCCAUAUGUAAAUGUAGCUCGUACAUCAAGUCAUACUUUACAUUCUAGUGAUGUUUGUCUUGGAUUUUAUCAAAAAAUGUUAUAUUUAAGGAUUAAUUAUGCAAACCAGACUAGCAAUCAAGAAAUUGAGUUUUUAGAUAGAGAUACAUUUAAAAAGUUAGGACGAGUUCAAAUAGAUACUUCAAUUACAUUGAAUACAUCUUGUAAACCUGUAUUUAGUGAUAAAGAUAGAUUAUGUUUCCUUGAUCAAUCUGCAAACAAUUACGUGAUUAAGAGUAUUGAUCCUAGUACUGGAAAACUUGUUAAUGAAGUUCCUCUUGUAUUAAGCCGUCGCAAUGUACGGAUUUAUGGUGUUUCUGAACUAUGGGAUUCUAUUACAGCUGAAAGUGCUAUUAACAGUGCUACUGAUGAAGAAGUAUCUUCUGUUGCCACUUUAAAAGAUUGUUUUAUCAUAUCAGUUAAGUCUGGAAAAGCAUUUCAAUGGUUAAAAUCUAAUGGACAAAGUAGUUUAAAUUGUUAUCGUUCUGUAUGGUCAGAGUUAAGCUUACCUAAUCCAUGUAAAAUCAUAAAAGUUGCUGCUGGUCAUGAUGGAUUACACUGUGUGUUGCUUUGCGAUACGGGAUCAGCUUAUUUCUUAGGAGUAUCACGGCGUGGUGAAGAUUGUGAUAAUGGAAGGUAUAGAAAGCAACCUAGAGUACUGAAGCCAAAAAGGAUAACUAAAUUAGAUGGACAAUUUAUUGUGGAUGUAGCUUGUAAUAAUGGUACAACUGCAUUAGUAACUAAAGAUGGUCUUUUGUAUAUGUUUGGAAAAGAUGAUACUUAUUGUGAUAUACAUACUGGUUUGGUAAAAGAUUUAAAAAAUGCUAAAAUUGUUCAGAUAGCUUUAGGAAAAGCACAUGCAAUUGCGUUGAGUGCUAAAGGACACAUUUAUAGUUUUGGAAUUAAUAACAAAGGCCAAUGUGGACGUGAUAUAUGUGCUCCUCAAAUCAAUAAAAACAAUUAUCCCGAAAUCACCAAUAAUGAAUCAUUAAGCCAAAUUAAUUCUGUUGAUGAACAAAGUGUAUUUGAUGAUGACUGUGAUGAUAAUAAACCUUGUGAAGAUAUUUGUAAACCAGGGAAACAUAACUGGAAACAUGAAGUAUGCAUGGUGUGUACUGUAUGUGGUGAAUGUACAGGGUAUAGCUAUAGUUGUCUUAGUAGCAUACGAUCCAAUCGUAAAUCUGGCCAGGAAUGUGGUUGUGGUGAAGGAGAUGCUGGAUGCACUAUUUGUGGAUGUUGUCGUAUUUGUGCUCGAGAAGUUGAAGAUAAUUCAGAAUUAGCUUUACUUGGACCAAAUGGUGCUGGUGAUAUAGCAGGAAUGAUGAGACUUGAUGUGAUUUUUGGUGUUGGAGAUAAAGCAAAAAUGUCACAAGAAGCAAGACUUGAAGAUCAUAUAAAAAAGCGAUUUUGUAAACGUGAUCAACGAAAAAAACUGAAUUUAGUUCAAGUAGAUUCUUCUAUGGAUGCAGAUAUUGAUAGUAGUAUACAAAUAGCUAAUAAUACAAACAUACAUUUUCAAACUCAAAACAAUAUAAUAACUCGAAGUUUUGUUGAUGAUGCAGUUAAUAAUCCGGGAAGCGAUAUAGAAAGGGAUACUGCUAGAAUGACCAUUUUACCACCUGCGCGAGUAUUUUUACCAAUAGACUGCCCAGUUAUUCAAAUUAGUUGUGGUUUACAUCAUACAGUAUUACUUUUAAGUAAUGGGAAAGUAAUAACAUUUGGUAGUAACUCAAAUGGCCAACUGGGAUGUAGUCUGUCACUCAGUAGAAAAGGUCCAACUGUAUUAAAAAUACCGCGCUUAAAACAUCCUGUUAUCAGUGUGUCAGCUGGUAGCAAUCAUACUGCAUUGGUAUCGAAAGAUGGUAAACUCUAUACUUUUGGCAGUUAUUUGAAAAGUCAACUUGGUCGUGAUAGUGGAUGCAAUCAUGUACCAUUGAGUGUAGAAGAUAUAAAUCCGCCUCAUACCAGAAGAGCGAGAGUAGUUAUGUGUUGUGGUAAUCAAACAAUUGUAAAAGUUGAUGAGGCAUUAAUAAAUAGUAAAAUUUUAUCUAUUGCUGCCAACAAUGAUAUUAUAUUGGUGAUGACUUCAAAUAAAUGCUUAGCAAUUAACAAACAAGAUGGCACUUGUAAUAGUUAUUCAGGGAAUAAUCAGAUACAAUUUGAUGAAAAACAUACUGGAAUGUGGUGUUUUGAUUUGUUAUAUAAUAACUUAUGGCAUAUUAAUGAUAUAAGUGAAAAAGUUAUGGUUACAUGUUAUAACGUGAAUAGUGCUUGUAGAAGACAUAAUGAUACCAGUUCCUUAUUGAAUUAUGAAUUAGCAUUGCCACCUACUGCUGGGAUUUCAGUAUCUCGAAUUCAAGUUUUAGUUAAUUUAUUAACUUGUAUGGACAUUUUGGCCCAAAAUUUAUCGUUGUUCCCUAUUGGUAUAGCAUCAUCUCAAAGUAAUAUACCAGUUGUAUCAAAUACGGUAGAGCCAAAAAAGGAAUUUUUACACAUUAACCGAUUUGCAAGUUUAGGUGGUGGAUGGGGGUAUUCUGGACAUUCGGUUGAGGCUAUUCGGUUCUCAGUUGAUUGUAAUAUUGCAUUAGUUGGUUUUGGUUUAUUUGGAGGAAGAGGAGAAUAUACAGUUAAACUGAAGGUUUAUGACAUUGGUGUAGAAGGCGGUGAGCGAGAAAUUGAUGGUGAACUAUUAGCCGAAACUGAUGAACUUACUUAUGAAUGUGCUCCUAGGCAAAAAAAUCCAGUCUUAUUUGAUGAACCUAUUGCUCUUUUUGCAAAUCGAUGGUAUGUGGGAUGUGCUAGAAUAACUGGUCCAUCAAGUGAUUGUGGUUCUAGUGGAAUGUGUAGUGUGACAAGUGACGAACAAAUUACAUUUACAUUCAAAUCAUCUCGGAGAUCAAAUAAUGGUACUGAUAUAAAUGCUGGACAGAUACCUGAAAUAUUAUAUAGAACUGUUAUUCCUGAUUCAUUGUCAAUAUCAACUAUACAUACAUCAAACAAUGAUAUUCAUAUAUUAAGUGAUGCUUUUUCACACUCAGUUAAUAAGGAAUGUUUUAAUGCUUUGAUAACACUACUUCGUUGGUCGUGGACAACAAUCAAUAAAAACAUAUCAGAUAUGUGUCUUCCAUAUUCGCAGAAAAACUAUUACAUGGAUUUAUCGAAAAAAGAUACUUCGUCAAUUUGCGAACUUAAACGACUGAUGUUUAUAAGUCAAUCAUGUUUCCAUUUACUCCGUUCUUAUAUUCAUGAGAUAUAUCCAGACCACAUUGACAAGAUGAAGCUACAAGAAACUGAAGCUCUCGCUAGUUGUGUUGUUGAAGUCCGACAACUUUUACAAAAAAUAUUAUCAGAUGUUCGUCCACACGAAGUAUUAAAAAACGUUGAUCGGAUAUUUAUUGACAAUAAAGGUAGUGAAGUAGUGAAAAUUAUGAAAUGUAUUAAAUGGUUAAAUCAAAUAUUGAAUGAAUGUCAUAUGACAUUUGUGUCAUGUUAUCAUGCGUUUUAUCCUACACCUCAUUUGAAGCUGUAUUCUCUAUGGGAACUAUUGAUUGACAAAAAAAAUACUGAUCAUAAGAAUAAGCUACUUACUGCGGUUGUGGCUGCAUUGUGUAACACUACAUAUAGACUUCGUGAUCUUAUGCCAAUAUUGAAAUCAACAAAGCCCAAUGAAAAAUCUGGAUCAUUAGAUAAAGAUAAUCAGUCUUAUUAUCCAUUAUUAAUUAACGCUACUACAUCAGCGGCCCAUAAUAAUUUAAAAAGUGAACCAAAUUGGGAAAUAUUACUCACACAUCUUUUAGAUAUAAUAGGGUUACCAGUGCGAAAUGCAAUAUUGAAUAAUAAAAAACCCGACAAUGAUUUGAAAUCACUUUCUACUAAUUGUUCACAUCUCGUCGCGAGAGUUGUAGCUGAACUAUCAUCACAAGCUAUUUUAUCUGAAGAUGGAACAGAAAUAGUUAAUGAAAGAGAAAUUUUACUAACUACUCCUUCUAGAUUUGCUAAAAUUAAUCAAACCAAAACAUGGAAUGCUGGUAAUGGUUCUCCUGAUGCAAUUUGUUUCUGGGUAGAUCGUGCUGGUAUUACUAUUGCCGGUUGUGGUGUGUUUGCUGGGGUUGGAAAUUAUGAAUAUGAACUUGAAUUGUUGGCAGAGAAAAAACACUUGGAAUUUGAUGAACCUCAUGGUAAUCGAUGGAAAAGCUUAGUAGUAACUAGAGGAUCUUUUGGACCAGAUGAUAGUGCUAUGAAUUACGUUGCGGAUCUAAAAUUUGAUCACCCAAUACGAAUUAAGGAAAGAGUUAAAUAUGCAAUCCGCCUAAGAAACUAUGGUGGCCGAACAAAUAACGGUGAUAUGGGGUUAAGUUGUGUAAAAGGACACGAUAAUACACUUUUUUCAUUUAAUACAUGCUCAUUAAGCUUGAAUGGAACCACUCAAUCUCGUGGUCAAAUACCGUAUAUACUAUAUUAUAGUAACAGUCAUGAUAAAAAUUGCGAUUUUGAACGUAAAGUAUGUAAUAAAAUCAAAGCUCGGGAGAGUACAUUAUCAUUAUUAAAAACAGUCGUGGAAAAAUCAUUGGAGUUAAUAAAUAUGAGUACUGAAAAAUUAAGAAAAGAUCCACUUGUGUAUAAAUAUUUAGGAGAAUCGGCUAUUGUGAAUGUAUUGCUUCCAUUAGUAUUGGCGCAUAUUGGCCCGUUGACAUCUUUUUCUAAAGAUGCAAAGAGUGCUAUUCAUGUGUUGGAGCUCAUAAACAAGUUGCUACCGGCAGUGACGUCCAUUAAUUUGUACUACGCUAACAAAUUAGAUGUAACACAUAAAGAUUUAAGUGAUAAAUUGGAUGGGUCAAAACAGUUUGGAAAGUUCAAAUCCUCCAAAACUGAAAAUAGAGAUUCCAAAUGCACAACAACGUCCCAUCAUUAUGCGUGGGUUGAAAGCGAUCAUCCAUAUACAGCUGCGACUGUAUCAAAUUACAAAGUGAAAUUCCCAAAAGAAGUCAAGUGGUUAUGUCUUGAGUUUGACCCUCGAAGUUGUACUGCACAGACUGAAGAUUCAUUGCAACUUUACAUCCCAAAUUAUCGAGAUUAUAGCAAUGAUGAUAACAAACACGUAGCUACUACUCCUUAUAUACCGGUUUUGAAAAAAUUUAGCAAUGACCCAAUGGAGUGGCCAUUUGCUGCUGUUAUGUUACCUGGUAAUGAAGUUAUGUUUUCACUGGAAACUGCGUCAGAUUAUCUUAAGAAUGAUAAAAUUUCUCGGUAUGGUUUUCGCUGUCUAGUAAUUGGAUACGAAGUAGAAGAGCUAAGUAAAUAUCAAGCUCUUGGCUAUGGCCUUGUUCAUUUGGAAACCGAACUUUCAUUCCUCGGAGGGAUGUGUGUCUCAACACUUUUAAAAUGUGAUAUAAUUUUACCCAACGACGAUUCUACGCAUAGCUUAGAACAAGGUUCAGUGGCAGCUGCUGAUGAGGUAUAUGCUAAACAUUCGGGGUUAUUGAAAAAAGGAUUUGCGUUGGCGCCAUUUCUAAAUAUUCAGCAGGUCAUGGACGGUGUUUUGCCAUUGAGUGUUGACGGGAACGAAAACCGUUUUCUCAGGGAGUUCGUGGCUUGUGCGCCGCACUCGGCCGGUUGUCGGUUGGCCAGAUGGCUUCAACCAGAAUCAGUCAUCGAACCGGAUUCAUGUGAGCUUUCACUCUCCACGGCUGAGGUGCGGUGUGGUUGGCCCGCCAAAUUUACUGUUCGAACGCGUGAUCAGUACGGUAACCUAGUUCAGUCGAUUGGAUUAAAGGUGGAAUUUUUCACUCAAUCGAACUGCAAAUCCAAAGCCAACCCAUAUAUAGACAUUUGUUCCGGUACAGUGGAUGACAAGUAUUUCGGUGGAAACCCUAUGCCAAAAACGUUUGUCCCGUACGAGGCGGUUGUCAAGGACAAGUUCAGAUAUCAAACCAUUACAUUUAUGAAACAUUACGAAAAUUAUUCGUUUGAAGAACUCCGGCUGGCGUCACCGUCGGCAAAAGGUGACUCAGAAAGGUUGACCAUGGAGUCGCAGGGCAAUGGCACUUACACCGUGUACUGGUCACCAAUGACCACCGGAUAUUACGACAUCAGGGUGGAAGUGGAUGGCUAUCUACUGACGAAACAAACGAAACACAUCGACGUGAAAGAAGCGCCUUUCAAUGGCGCCAAGCCUCCGGACAACGGACUGGCGCUUUCGUCUCCGGCCACGAAACUGCUACAGCACAUGGGCAAAUAUAGUGCUGGACUUCGGAUUCGCACACAUCCAUCGCUCCAGUCCGAACAAAUUGGAGUAAUCCCCGUCAAAGGGAUCAUUGGAUACACCGAUGAGAUGAGCAACGACGACGGUGAUUGGGUACUAUUAAACUCGGAAUCGGUGCAACGGUAUUGUCAUCGGGGCGCGCCGCACAUCGAAGCGUGGUGUAUGAGGGCCAACAAAUAUUUGAACAACGAGCAGUUCUUAGUGACUGUAAAUGGAAAAACCGGCGGACCGAAAGCGCCAGCGGCCGCCGACGCAGACGACGACAAACGUGCCGCCGUCGCGAUACCGGACACACCGAAGCAGCCAAACAGGGAAACAGCAAAGCCAUCGCUGCAACUUCCACCGCCGCCACCUCCGCCGCCGCCGCCUCCGCCACCACUUAUACCGCCGUCCCAAUCACAAUCAUCUCCCGAACAUUUGGCAGGGCAACCAGUCGACUACAAAGUCGUUGUUUGCGGCGCCUCGGGACACAACAUACGGAACCAGCCGACAUUCAAGGCUACACCUGUUGGUAUGCUCGUCCAGGGCAACAUCGUUCAGGCGGUGGACAAGGUGACCAACGCCGAGGGUGAGUGGAUCAGACUUUCCGACCAGUGCGCCGCAGCUCACUGUGGCGUUUCGUGCGUGACAGCUUGGUCAUUGGCAGCUGAUACGUCACGUGUCAUCUAUUUGAAACCGGAAAAGGAUCAGAGAAUUGAGCGACAAGACUUGCAGUGCUUCGUGCAGCAAAUAGACAAUGAAGUUAGAGACCUAAAAGUGACUAAUAGGAGUAAAAACGCCAACACGCAGCCACAACGUUUCAACUCAAGUUUGUACGUGAUCGAUCAGUUGGACACAAUAGAUGACAACGAUAUCAAAAUUGAAAAAUUGGAAAAACAGUACUCGCCGAAACGGAAAAAUGAUGCAAAAGCAAUAGAAGGAUUGAAUGCUAACCCUUUGCCAAUACCGUAUCACCGACCCAUCGGCCAAGACAGUCGGUUGAGCAAUGGAAAUAUGAUGAUGAUGCCACCGAGUAGUCCGCGUAAGACGGCUGGAAACAAAUAUGCUACGGUCAAACAACAACCCUUUAAAAACGCGUGCAAAACAGAAGUAACGAGUUCCAAGAAGACGACUUACAAACAUUCGCUAUCAGCAUCCAGUGACACUACAGCUCCACCAACCACCAGUUCGUCUUCAGUCGAUACCCACAUGACCUCAAGCUUGUCCACGUCCGUUGAGAGCUCGGCAGACCAACCGGAAUCGAUGACGAAAGUAGAAAUGUGCCCUGGUGUUGCACAAGCAGCCACGCAAACAACACCGGAAAAUGAGAGAGUUAGUUUUGUACCUAAUAGUAAACUAAAGCCAAAAUUUGUAUUGAAAAGUCGCUCAAAUUCUAAGAAUGGAUUAAAAACUGAUUCAAUUUCUUCACCAGAAUCAAAAGAUAGUCAACAAGAAGUAUUACCACAAGAACCUAAACAAACGGUCAAAAUGGCGUUAAGUCCGUCGAUGGCAGAAAGCUUGAGAGCCGUGUUCGCUGCAUUCCUGUGGCACGAAGGUAUCGUUCACGACGCUAUGACUUGUGCGUCAUUUCUAAAGUUUUACCCAAGUCUUCCAAAGAAUGGUGCAGUGGUGACAAAACGGAUGACUGAAAGGAAUAAGGACCGUGGCCUGCAGAGGCAUUCGGUGGAAGUAACGACCGGCGCAGGCGGUUAUCGGCACAUCCGACCCAACGAAAUGAACCGACCGAAACCUGGAAUGGCGUUACCGGCCGAAGGGGCAAUCACCGAAGAGAGCAUGACCAGUUCCGGUAACUCAGAACUAACAGACAGCAAUCACACACAAAUGGAACCUGCCGAUAGUACAGGCGGUGAUGGCCGGACAACCAUCAACUUUCUGCCGCCAGCCCUUAACUGCAUGGUCCGGUUGUGGGAUGAGAUCGCCGCCGACAUGCUCCAGAUAAUAACUUCGGUUGGCGUAGUCCGUACGUCUUCUCCUAAGCAGACGACGGACGGUGGCGGUAAAAAUAGUGACAAUGGCGGAAAAAGAUCGUCCGUGGUUGCUAUCACGCAUAAGCCCAACAACCGUUUAAUCCGGCGGCUGAUGCCUUACUGCCAAAUCAAGGAGCCCAUGCCGUGCGAGCUGUGUGGUGACAUGUUAAACGUGCCAUUGUCUUAUCACAUGCUUACCAAUCACCCUGGAUGCGGUCACAGCAGCGGCGGGCGAGGUUACAACAGUAACGGUACCUACAAGACCGGUUGGUCGGGCGCUUGUGGUGAUGGCGGUAUCGCUUGGUAUCUACUUUGCGAAUCUUGCCGUGGUGGUUAUAUGAAACAAGCCAAGCCGCCACAGGUUCCGGUCUAUGCUCCACCACCGCCGUCGGCUGCUUCCGGUUCCGGCCUGGCCGCUCGGUCCCGGAAGACCGCCGCUAUAUUUCAAGAAAACACGUACCCCUAUCCAGAUGAAAAUGACGACGACGACGACAGCGAUGAAAGCCCAGUAGAAGCAAAAGAAGGUGUCGUUCAGUACAACAACCGCGAGCAAUCUAAACAACUGCCCGGAAUAAACUGCAACGACGAGCUCGUUGACAGCCUACAUGUGACAUUCAAAGAAAACGCCAUGUUUCUGUUGGAUUUGGCCAGCACCAGUGGUGGAAGGCCGACCAGCGACGAGCCGUCCUUAGACUCGGGCCCAUGGGCCGUAGGUGAGUUCAAAUGCCUUAGUAACCUUGAGGCUCCUGUGGCGUGUAAACAUCUUCUACAAUCCGAAACUUGCAACAAUGCACUUCUGCAGCAACUUCGUGACGGUGAUUCGACGGGGGUCUUGUCUCCGGGCAUAGAUGUGGUAGACGGGACUGUGACACGGAGCUUUCAUAGAUCCGCAUCGAUGGAUAUAGAGAAGUCGCCGCUUAGACGUCAAGACAUGAUCAACCGCCGCAAAAGGAUCAACAGUACCAUCGAUCCUGACAACGGAUUAGCAAUGGUAUGUAUGCCCUCGGCGGCCUUACAGGCACUCGUUCCCGUCGACAAUGUUACUAUGGUAGGUUGUUCAGCCAAUGGUAUAAUAUCGAACAACGAAAAUGUGUCCGAGAUAAACGUUUUCAACAGACCAUCGAUGGCAUUUAUUGUCGAAGCUCACAAUUUGGAUGAUCUCAAAUGGGCGAUGAAACAUGCGGUGAGGAAAGCCGCAUGUCGCAGUUAUGCUUUACAAGCGCUCAAUUGGUUGCUACAUGAAGUGUCAAGAUCGUCAUGUUUACACGAUCUCUUGUGGUGGUUUGUGAUCGCACUAUCUUCCGAAGUUCGCACGGUAGACGGGACCAGUGACUCCACUGAUCCACGUUGUCGACAUCCUCUAAGCGAUUUAUACCUAGCUGGUGACUCCGUCAACCCAUUACCACAGGUAUUCUAUCAGUUUCUGCAAACUGUCUCUGACCUUAUGCUGUACUUGCCACCGGGGUCUCCGCUGCAGAUGAUGGCCGUCCGCUGUUGGGAUAUUAAUUUUACGGCAUCCGAUCACAUGUUUUUGCACAGGAGUAAAGUAUUCAGUAAUAUCAGCAAAAUACUAUCGCACAGUGAAGAUUAUCAAGACGUUUGCGAAGACACUCAACCAGGUGUUUCCUCAAAUGAUAACUACGUUGUGUCAAUGCUCAAAGAUAUAACAGAAAAUACAGAAAUCACGACAACCAGUCGACCGGCAAUGGUUCCAAAUUUAAUCGAUCGAACAACAGAAACGUUUUGGGAAUCCAGCGAAGACGAUAAAAACAAAUUCAAAACAAUCACGAUACAAUGCAAUCAUGCUUCUGAAGAGCCAAAAGCACUUUACAUUCAUUUCGAUAAUUGUCGUGAUUUAAAUAACAAAAUAUCAACGGUAGUUUUUUCAUCCGGCCAAACAACCGAACAACUGAACAAAAUACAAACAAUUGAUGUUGAUACUCGAUUUAGUGGUUGGCUCGGAGUUUACAUACACGACCAAUCGCAUAAAGUCCUCUGCAUCGAAGUUCGAGGAGCAGACACAUCUGUACGUGUUAGACAAAUCAAAGUUCUCGGAACUGAGUCGGGAGAAUCUCUUCCGUAUGGUCGUCAAUACAAUUAUUCUACCAUACAACAUCGGCUAUGUGAAAAUGAAACACUGAAAGUGUUCCGAUCCAUCACAUUCCAGGUUUUCGGGAAAUUAAUUCAAGGAAAAGAGACGUCUAUGGAUUCUAGUGUCGAAGAAAGUAAAGAUCUAAAAGAGCACAUGGUCGGCAUUUUGUUCAGCCAAAGCAAAUUGACCCAUUUGCAAAAACAAGUGUGCACUCACAUAGUAGACGCCAUCCAAAAGGAAGCAAUCGUAAUGCGCGAAGAGUGGGAAAAAUCUGUUGGCAAAAACGAUAACACAUCUAAUAAUGGUACUAUCACACCGACCGACUCAUAUUGUUUCGAAAUGCUCUCAAUGGUGUCAGCUCUCAGCGGGAGCAAUGUUGGUCGAUCUUAUCUAGCGAAUCAAUAUGAUUUGUUAUCGAACUUAUUGAGUUUAUUGCACACGGGCAGCGCCAGAGUCCAAAGACAAGUAACUCUGUUGCUCAAACGAGUACUGCCAGAAGUUUCCCCUAGCGCGUUGGCUUCGUUGACCGGAUCUAGACUUCCUUCUACCGGGUUUUCUAUCGCUAGCCCGCUUUCUAAAAGCUACCAAAUAGGACUGCUGGAUAGUUUCUUAAGUGUCAUCGCGAAAGCAUUGAUAUUGCAAGUAAAAGUGAAGAGUGCAAACGGUAGCAAAGUCGUUAACUCGUUAAAGCUCCGUGACGUCGAUUUAGACGAGAACGAAUCAUUGUGGUAUCUCAAAGGUGUUUCUCACAGAAAACUAGCUGAUGACAUCAUACAGAUACUUUGGGACUUAUCAAACGGAAAGUUAGGUGGUAAUAAAAACUGGAUUGAUACUACCCGAGCGGCGAUCGCCGAAAACAUAUUGAACUUGACGAGGUUGAGCAAAGAACAAAGAACAAUGGAAUCGUGCAUUAAAAACCCCGUAUUAUGGUUGGCUUUGGCUUCGCAUUGCGUGUUGCAUCCAGAGCAUGCGGAAAGAUUAUCGUCCGGCCAAUGGUUAAAAUCAGAAGACUCCAAGCCGACUCCCCCGAGACCACUUUGUUCGAACCACGACGAUGGCGAGACCGCGGCAUCGAUACAGUGUCUAAUGUGCGGAAAUCUUUGCAUUGACUGCGACAGAAUAUUACACUUGCAUAGGAAAACUAAACAUCAUCAGAGACAAGUGUGCAAGGAAGAAGAAGAAGCCAUCAGAGUCGACUUGCACGAAGGAUGUGGACGAACCAAACUGUUUUGGCUGCUCGCACUAGCCGAUAAAGCCACGUUGCAAGCGUUGGUCGAGUUUCGCGACACAACGUCCUGCUCUUCAGACUUAGCGGCACCAGUCGCUCGGGCCAAUGUGUUGCAGUUGGCAAGAGUCGGAGUCUGCCGGUAUUGCGGCAUGGUCAGCAACGAUGGAUUGCUCGCUAUCGGUAAUGUCUGCGCCAACGACGAGUGUCAGUUACACGCGCAAACCGGAUGUCAAAAGAUAUUGAAAUGCGGCCAUUUGUGCGGAGGCAUCAAAGGCGAGACGAAAUGUUUACCGUGUUUGCAUGGGUGUGCCUCUGACGAAAAUCCGUCACUCAAACAAGACGCCGAUGACAUGUGUAUGAUUUGUUUCACAGACGCCCUGUCCGCCGCACCGUCUAUUCAGCUAAUAUGUGGACACGUCUUCCACUAUCAAUGUUGCAAAAGAGUGCUGGUCAACAAAUGGUCUGGACCGAGGAUAACGUUCGGAUUUCAACAGUGUCCGAUCUGCAAAACUGCGAUAGAGCACGCAUGCCUCGCCGAAGUCCUGGAUCCGAUUAGAGAGCUGAUGGCUGACGUCAAACGAAAGGCUCUGAUGCGUUUGGAAUACGAAGGCGAAUGUUCAAUGAAAAAUGAUCAUGCGGCCGUGUACGCUAUGGAGAAGUAUGCGUAUUACGUGUGCUUCAAGUGCAAAAAAGCCUACUACGGAGGCGAAGCUCGGUGCGAGUUGGAAGUGGGUGGAACCGAUUACAAUCCCGCUGAACUGGUGUGCGGCGGAUGCAGUGACGUUGCCCGAGCUCAGAUGUGUCCCAAACACGGUACCGACUUGCUCGAGUACAAGUGUCGAUACUGCUGUUCAGUAGCCGUGUUCUUUUGCUUCGGGACAACACACUUUUGCAACGCUUGCCACGACGACUUUCAGCGCGUCACCAACUUGCUGAGCGACGAACUACCACCGUGCCCCGCCGGCCCGAGAGCAACGGCUUUGAACGUAGACGAAUGCCCACUACACGUCAAACAUCCUCCGACGGGAGAAGAGUUCGCAUUGGGAUGUGGAGUGUGCCGGAACGCUCAUACGUUUUAAAAAAAAAAAAAAAAACUCUUACUAUUCAAUAUCACAACAUUAUUAUACUGUAAAAUUGUUGUAACGCUGUAAACGAAACUCUGCCCAGUCCAUAUAUUUUUCCGUGUUUCUGCUCUUCUGCUGUCGUGUUAUUAUUAUGACGCAGACGCGAUCGGUAACCGUACUCGCAGUAAACACUGCAACCGUUACUUGUUCGAGUUAACUGCACUAAAAAAUAACUCUACGACAGCAAUCGAUUUAUUACGACAAAUCGAAUGCCGUCCGUUCCAGUACGAAAAAAUAAAUAUUAUAUAUCCAUAGCCAUAAAACCGUAAGAAAUACACCGUAAUAAGUUCCUAAUAUUUUUCUAGGACUGGAAUCAUCCGGUCCUGCUGUUAUGUAUAUAUAGCACUAAAUUUACUGAUUUACUGAGCAGAGUUCUCGUCAGUAUACCUUUUACGGCGCGUCAGUCGGAUACGUAUUCAUAGACACUAUUAUAUUUUAUAAUCUAUUUACGUUAUCAGCUUUUGCUAUUAUUUCGAUGCACGUGCGUCAUUGUGCGAUUGUCAUGAUCAUAGGUAUUGUGUACAUCAUAAUAUAAUCCACAGUGUCUGUACUACAAAUUAUCACAUAGUUUAAUUUUUAUUAUUAUUAUUAUUAUCAUUAUUAUUAUUAGUAUCAUUAUUAUUAUACAUGUU